CAGGCCUCUACCCCCACUACUCUCAUGCCCCUCCAAAAUCAUCACCAACUCUAAAAAUUCACUUCAACAACACAUAUUGAAGAUAAUAACAGAAAGAGAAGAUGCCAACUGAACUAGAAGAGCUCGUCGGCUUCAUCGCCAACCCCAACGCUCAGAUUCGUCUGCUUGCUGCCGAGAACCUCGUCCCCUACUCAUUGUCAGAACCCAGUAUCUUCAAGGCCGAGAAACUUCAGCCAGUCAAGCAUCUCAGUUUCCUAGUCCGAGACCAUCCUAAAAUUGCCGAACAUGCCAUCACAAUGCUGGUCAACUUAUCGAGUGACCAAGAGGUUCUCGAAUUCCUUGCAAAAGACGAGAAGUUCCUCGGCAUCGUAUUCGAUCUCAUAGUGAGCCCCGAAGAGGCUAAUGCCAACUUGUUAGCCAUGCUUGUGGCCAACCUAUCCAAGUGGGAUGGCUUGAAAGAUUUCCUCAAGCGAAAGCAAGAACCCCCAAAGGAACUAGGCUCAGACCAGGUUGUCCUCAACCAACUACUAGAUCUAUUUGUCAAGGGACAAGACGGCACAUACAACAAGAACGCAGACUUUGACUAUCUAGCCUACGUCUUCGCCGAUCUCUCCAAGCACGCUGAUAUUCGAAGGCACUUCCUUGAAGAGCAGUCUUAUGACAAGGUCAUUCCCAUUACCAAGCUCAAGGUUUUCACUGAACACAAGUCCGAUAUUCGACGAAAAGGUGUUGCUAGCACUAUCAAGAACGUUGCCUUUGAGGUUUCAUCCCACCCUUCAUUCUUAUCUGAGGAUAAGAUCGAUAUCCUACCUUAUAUUCUGCUCCCUAUCAUGGGUAACGAGGAGUACGAUGUUGAUGAGACAAUGGAUAUGCUGCCUGAUCUCCAACUGCUACCUCCCGAUAAGAAGCGAGACUCAGACAACCAAAAUGUGCAGACACAUGUUGAGACACUCACACUAUUGACAACAACACGAGAAGGACGAGAUCUCAUGCGCCGAGUUAAGGUAUAUCCUGUCAUCCGUGAGACACAUUCACGAGUCAACGAUGAAGGUGUUCAAGAGGCUUGUGAGCGCUUGGUGCAGGUAUUGGCACGAGAUGAGGAAGAUGAGGGCAAGACAGAGAAUGACGUUAAGGCCAUUGAGGACAAGCCCGAGGCUACCAAUGGACGGGUGGAAGAGGUUGAGGACGAGGAUGACCAACUGGUUGAGGUCUAAAUUCACCAGAUUCACUAAAAAGGUGAACUCGAUGCCGUUUAUCCAUGCAAGGAACGAGACAAGGCUUCAAUUUUGGAAAGGCACCAUAGGUCAGAUGAGACGAAAGAACAGAGACCAGAGAGCUCUUUCAUAUGGAGUGGAUAUUAUGAAUAUAGGUACUCAAAAGUAACGUAUAUAGACAUUGAAUGUUUUGCAACAAAAC